CCACAAUCAACAUAAGUACUUCACGAGUAUUAUAGGUCUGCCACGCCAGCCGCACGCUUCCCUGCCACAAAAAUCUAUGCUUUCUUUCUAGGCUCAAUUCUAUAUUUUCAACAAUAAUCUUGCAUAGCAUAGGCACUUGGUACUUUGCAGUCUGCAAUGGUUGUUACUCGCAGAACUCCAGUGGUGCCAGCACCUCCAGUUUCUCGUACACCAUCUUCACAAGGUCAACCACGCUCAGCUAGAGCAUCUGUAAUACAGGACGCAUCUGCAGUACCUCGUGUGUCAAGCCCACUGGCAUCCGGAGACGCCCACACCGCAGCUAUCACCCAAGCCUCUAAUAACUUCAAGGAAUAUAACGACAAGGAUGAACACAAAAAAAUAAAGAAAGACAAGCCAAAGAAAUCAGGCAAAAAGAAGAAACGCAAAUCCACUAUCCAGUCCCUUCUGGACUUCCUCACUAAGCUCCUUGUGCUCGCCUUCACGGUCUACGUCUUUGCCGUGUGCCCUCGUGAGGCACAUCUCCAAUCCCCCGCUUGCCGCGGCCUAUCUGAGUACAAACGUAUUGUUCUUGACCCGUACGUUAUCCCACCAAUACAGGCUGCGCUUGCGCACCCUUCUAUCGCGCCAUAUGUGGACCGCAUAACCGAGGUUGCAAGUCCCAUCAUCUUUCGUACGCAAGCAGAGUGGACCAGACGUAUUGUCCCCCAAUGGGAAAAGCGCGUUGUUCCAGUUUGGAUAAACCGUGUGGUUCCUGCCUUCACGACCCAUGUUGUCCCCCAAUGGGAAAAGCGCGUUGUCCCCCAAUGGCAGAAACACGUCGUCCCUCAGUACGACAAGCAUAUCGCGCCGCGAUUGAGCAAACUCAAACCCUACGUUGCGCAUGCAGAGUCGUAUGUCGAGCAAGCGGAAGCGACGUACACCACGCGCAUAGCUCCGCACGUGCGUACUGCUACUUACAACCUGCAACGAUGGCAGCAAAAAGCACAACCUUACAUCCUCCUUGCCAUCCAGAAAACUCAGGACACUUAUUAUGCAGCAAAGCCUCACGCGGUCCCUGUGGCAAAGAGAAUCGUUGCUGAGGUGCAGUAUGCGCUUUUGUUCCUAAGGGAACAGAGACGGAUCUUUGUCGACCCUCAUGUGGCUAAAUUGUGGGAGAAAGUUAAGGAGUUAAGCCGCGGGUCACCAGCGACUUCAGCAUCUACUUUUGCUCCAUCCGACGCAACGGACUUCCCAAGCUCAGAACCUGUUAUUUCUGAGACAUUGGAGCUGGAGUCAACUUACGCUCCGAUCAUACCCACAUCCGCAGAUGAACCUCCCGUGGAAACAGAUCCACCACGCGGCAAAGCGACGGAGACAGCCGUUGGAACGCUUUUAAACGAGGAUGCAAUGACAGCCGUAGAAACCGAGGUACCCGCCGUAUUCGACGCCGUGCCGAUUGCAUACCUUACCUCACAACCGGCAUCCGCGUCCUCUUCUCACAUUCCCUCGAACUCUGUGCCAACACCAGUGCAAAUCCCCCAGAGCGCGUCGCCUGUCUUGUCAGAGAGUGCAUCAGCCACUUCAUCGAUCGUAUCUGCUGUUACCGAUGGUUUUAGUCCAUUUAUCACUUCCGCAGCCCCCACUAGCUCUACUGCCUCCAGCUCGGUUCCUGCACAUAUCAGUGACAACGAUGAGAUCGACAUUAACGCAUUUUACGCCGAACUUGGGCUCGAUGAACCCUUGACCACAUCCCAGUCUCACGAGCAAGUGCUCCUCAAUCCCCCAGAGUCGGAGGAAGAGCGCGCUGAACGAUUACGCCUUAAAGCUGAGGAGACUACCCGCAAACGUGCUGACAUUGAGGCCCGCCACUCUAAGUGGGAGACCGAACUUCGGUCUCAGAUGGAGACUAGUUCGUCUACGCUCAGGGGCAGGCUUAGGGAGAUCAGGGGCACUGCUGCCGCCGAGCUUGCAGAGGCGCCUGAUAUUCGAGAUGCCAUCGAGAGCCUUGUUGCUGACGCGGAGAAGUAUAUUAAAGGCGCCGAGAUCUAUCUCAGGAAUCUAAAGGCAGAGAGCCGGAAGAACGACGAGAAGAUGCCGCUCUGGGAAAGAGUGGUUGAGAAGGUUGGCGUGAAGUUUUCAGAGCGUCUUGGGGUUGUGGAGGCUGUGGUCAACAUGUGGUACGGUGCUAUCCUGGAUCAGGAGCUGCGCGAGGUUUAUGCUGUGACUGCCGAAGUUCGCGAAGUCGCGGAAAAAGCCCAAGUCGACCUAGGGCUCGACUAUGCUUGGCUUGACGAAGUGACGUAUUCAGACUGGCAGCGGUACCAUUCCCUGAUUGACGCCAGCGAGAAAUUCGCUCAGGAAGCAAACUCGAUCCAAAACGGCACGCAUGAGAAUCUGAUGAUGGAUAACCCGAUCAUUCCUAUCUUUGAGGACCUUGAAUCGGAGGUCCAGGAUGUCGUGAUUGGAUUUGAGACACGCUUGAGGCGCAUAAAGCGCGACGGCGAGCGUGCAUUCAAUAGCGUCCAAAAGGAUGAGGAGAAGGAACAGCUACUGUUCCAGAGCGUCUCAAUUCUUCCAAUACCGGAGGAAGGUGCGGGUGAGCGCGCCUAUGUCCCCCCUGUUGUUAUUGGACGGAGCAAGGAGGAAGUACUGGAGGCACUUGGGAAGGUUGAGCCUCUAGAGGAAAGUUCAGGGUACAAUUCUCGCGAUGACGCGGACGCAGGAGAAAUUGUGUCGAGUCUGGUUCGCGAGGCGGAGGAGGAGCAUUUGGAGAGCACUGCUAUUCCUCACACAGAACUAUGA